AUGGAAGCCAUCUGUGACAUGAAAAAGGCUGAGAGCCUCAAAUAUGAGAUGGAAACGGCGCGACCACCGCCUUCUCAGGAUAAGUCAUCCGAGAACACGGACCCUCAUCCAAUUCAACCAAGAAUCGCAAGAUCUGUGCUUUACAUAGACGCCACACAGGAAAUCGACACAGGGAAUGAUCAAAUGGUUUCGCCUAAUCCUCUGAAGGGGAGGAAAUCCCACAUGAGAGGACCAUCACAAGACGGAUUCAUAAAAACUCCUGCAGCGCGAACACCAGCAACGGCCGUUGAGCCUGAACAUCUACCUCGUGCUCCAAAGGGACAUCAUGUAGAGGAACUGCAAGAGAUGGAAGACAUUUUGAAUGAAAUGACAAUGCCACAAACACUUCGAUGA